AUGAGUGGUAAUAUUAUGGCUGAUAUCUAUGUAAUAAGAAAUCUUCCUUAUAACUUGGAGGAAAUAAAGUUGCAAUCGUUGAUCACACAAUCAUUCACUCAAGAACAAGUGCAAAUAGUUGAGUACACACAAGGUUUUGCAGGUCCAAAAGAGAAUGUAGCUACUAGAUGUUAUGUUAAGAUUAACAAGUCGAGUGUUGAUGCUUUCAUCGAUUAUAUGGAUGGUCGACCUUUUGUAAAUAGUAGAGGUGUCGAAGAGCGAUCGACUCUCGAAAAAGUCAUCUACUACCUGAGUGUAGCUAGACCGGCAAACAAUAAACACAAUAACACUGUCGAGACAUCAAAGACCUACUUGUCAUUCCUCCAACAGCUUAACGCACCAGAAGUACAACCACCAAGUUUAGAGUCAUUAGUAAACUCUAUUGAAAAGAAACAACAACCUACUUCAUUGAUUAUCGAAGAGUUAAGAAAGAAAAAGUCAGGAAAGAAGAAAUCAAAGUAUUCAAAAAAGGGAAAAGGUUAA